CUUUAAAAAAAAAAAAUGCGCUGCAUAGGAUCACCAGCGUGCCCCACCGUGUCAGACACGGCUGUGGACACCAGCUCCGAGAUCACCACCAAGGACUUAAAGGAGAAGAAGGAAGUUGUGGAGGAGGCAGAGCAUGGAAGAGAUGCACCUGCGAAUGGGAACGCUAAUGAGGAAAAUGGGGAGCAGGAGGCUGACAAUGAGGUAGAUGAAGAAGAGGAAGAAGGAGGGGAGGAGGAGGAGGAGGAGGAGGAAGAGGAAGGUGAUGGUGAGGAAGAGGAUGGAGAUGAAGAUGAGGAGGCUGAGGCAGCUACAGGCAAACGGGCAGCUGAAGAUGAUGAGGAUGACGAUGUUGACACCAAGAAACAGAAGACCGAUGAGGAUGACUAGUCAGCAAAAUAAGGAAAAGUUAAAGGCCUCUGUGACCUCUUCACCCUCCACUUCCCGUCUCAGAAUCUAAACGUGGUCACCUUCCAGUAGAGACUUCCGCCCACCUGCCCACCCACCCACCUCAGGCAGCGCCACCUGCAGAUGACAGGCACUCUCCACCACCCAACCAAAACCACAACGUGAAUUUGCAACACGGGAGGAAAAAAGAACCAAAACUUCCAAGGCCCUGCUUUUUUUCUUAAAAGUACUUUAAAAAGGAAAAUGUGUUUGUAUUUUUUAUUUACAUUUUAUAUUUUUGUACAUAUUGUUAGGGGUCAGCCAUUUUUAAUGAUCUUGGGAUGACCAAACCAGCCUUUGGAGCAUUCUCUGUCCUACUUCUGACUUUACUUGUGGUGUGACCAUGUUCACUAUAAUCUCAAAGGAGAAAAAAAACCUUGUAAAAAAAGCAAAAACAAUAACAAAAAAAAAACCAAUCUUAUUCCGAGCAUUCCAGUAACUUUUUGUGUAUGUACUUAGCUGUACUAUAAGUAGUUGGUUUGUAUGAGAUGGUUAAAAAGGCCAAAGAUAAAAAGGUUUCUUUUUUUUCCCUUUUUUUGUCUAUGAAA